AUGGGGGACUCAAUAUUUGAUUACGUCAAAGAAUUUCUUGAAUUCAAAAAUAUAAUUUCUAGUAGUAUUGGAGAUUCGCAUGAGAUAUAUAGAGGGCAGUGUGACGAUUUUAGAGUUCAGAAAUUAAGAGUUGAUCAUGAUGACGAUCAAAAAUUUCUUAAAUUUUGUGCUAAUUCUGGGUAUCAUGUAACAGAUAAAAAAAAAAAUCCCAAAAAUGUAAUAUAUCCAUUUUGUAUAUAUAUGAUUUAUUGGAUUUAUCGUGAAAUGUUAUCGGAAAAUGUAGGUAAAAAUAGUGGGCUGGUAAAAGAAUUUUUUGAUUGUGUUCCAAAUUCAGAUGAUUGCGAGAUAUAUGUUGAUAAAAUAGACCAAGAUAUAUAUGAAAAACUUAAAACACUAUAUGAUUUAUAUACAAAUUUUAAUAAAUUUAAAACUGAAUCAUUACGAACCGUUGCUGCUACUUGUGAAAACGGACCUAAAUGUGUUGCUUUAUAUAAUGAACAUGCAGAAAAGUGUAAUAAAAAUUAUAAUAAGGAUUUUUGUGUAAAAUUAAUAGAUUUUAAAAAAGAAUAUGAAGAACAUAUGGAAAAAUUGACCAACUGUGAGAGCAUGCCAAGAUAUUUACCAUCAAUAGGAAGUAAUAUAGCAACUUCAAUUGCCACUCCAGUUGUUUCAAUGUCAUUAAUAUCAUUUGUUGCAUUUAUUUCGUAUAAGGUGAGUAACGAUUUUAUUCAAAAUUGA